AUGCCUAUGGAGGCGGCAGUGUUGGCCGCAACGUGCCCGCGUCCUCGACGGCCUGCUCCAGCGCCGAAGCAGGCCAAACCUCGACUCCUGCAACUGCCGAUCGCGUCGUCGGCCAGCACAAUUAGCUGUCAGAUGGCGGGUUGGUUGAGGAGAGUGCUGCGAUGCGCGCAGUGUGGUGUUCGCCGGCCUCGCUCGCCGCGGAAGUCCUCCGUCAAUCAGCCAAACCACGGCAAUGGCACGCCCACGGGAGACGACCCAUGGUGGCAGCCAACCGGGGCCAGGGAAUCGCCAUGUGGUACUGCCCGCGGCGCUUCUCGUGGUGCUCCUCCGCCUUGCGGCCCUGCUGCGGUUUGCGUCGAGGAGGGCGAGUAUAGGCGGAUCGACUCUAAGCACUGGCGGCGCGCCUCCCGCCGCCAUCGCGGCACCGACAGGGCUGCCCUCAAGCACUGGGCAGAUUGUCGAUCCGGCGCCGGCGCUGCUCAGGAUUCGUACAUGGCGUCAACGAGCGUUGGCAGGAUCGCGAUCCCGGCCGCGUGCUGCAGAACAAAUUAA